AUGAAUCUGAAAAUACAAGAAUUGUUGGCUGAGCUCGAGCGAGAAAGAGCUGAACUUGAUCAAGAAAGACAAUGGUGUCAAGACGCGGAAGCUGAGGUGAGAAGCAAAAGAAGACAGCAUGAAGAAGAGCAACAACAACAUGAAGAAGCAGAAGCUUUGGCUGCGAGCUCAGAGUCAUCAACACUGCCUCUGUUUUUACAUGCCUGCCAUGAAUUACUGACAAAUCAGAGGGUUCCAUCUCACAUCAUGUUGUGGGACACAUUCACUGAGGAGCAAAUGAAGGUGUGGCACAAGCUCAAUCAGCAUUCUCAUUUCUUGACAGAAAAGCUCUUCUCCUCUCUACAUCAGCUCAACUACAUCCGCCAACUUAUCAGCUCAAUUUCCUCAGAGUGGGAUCUUCAGUACUAUGAACAGGAAAUGGCAGUUGAUUUGAACCCAGGUGAUCAGCAGUUGUCUGUUGAACUCAUGGUUGGGACUGAAUCAAGUACCAGAAAGAGAAUGGUGCUCGCUAUCAAGUACAAGGCACCCCACAGGCUCACUCAGGAUGAAAUCAUGGGAGGGCUGGCUCAGGACUUUCAUCCUUCCAAAGAAGUAAUUGGUAAGGACUCAGAUGAUCCUGAUUUCUGCUUGAAGCGGGAGUCCGGUACGGCUAUGUUUGCGCCGGAGAAGCCUUUAUCUUUCUACGCAUUCUUCACACUAAUGCUCCGCGGUCUCUGGGACGUUGCAGGCUGUGGCUCCCAGCGCGGAAAAUCAACUAUCACCAUUGGGAAAUAG